AUGGCCAUCUUCGAUUCGAAAGCUCACGUCGAGCAACCGUCGCGCACAGCAAGUUAUAACGACGAUGAUUUCAACCGUAUCGAUCCUAGCGGAGUCAAGCGAGGUCUCAAAACUCGCCACCUAUCAAUGAUGGCGCUCGCUGGAAUCAUUGGACCCGGUAUACUUGUCGGUACUGGUGGAGCAUUGGCAGAAGGAGGCCCUGCGUCUCUGCUCAUAGCUUUCAGCGUCAUCGGAUUCAUCGCGUUCAGCAUCACGCAGUCCUUGGGAGAAAUGACAACCUUGUACCCAACCGGUGGUGCUUUUGUUACACUUUCCGAUCGAUUCGUUGACAAGGCCUUCGGAGUAGCAGUAGGGUGGCAGUACUGGCUGGUCUGGGCAUGUGUGCUAGCCAACGAGUACAAUGUCAUUUCCUCGAUUAUGGUCUUCUGGGGCCCGCAAGUACCUCUGUGGGGCUAUUUCCUGAUCUUCUGGUUCGCAUUCCUAGGCUUUCAGAUGUUGGGUGUGGAGUCUUUCGGUGAGGCAGAGUUCUGGCUUGCCCUCGUCAAGCUUGCGGGUCUCUGCGCCUAUUUCAUCUUUGCCAUCAUAUAUGCUUCAGGUGGUCUGAUUGGGCAGAACGAAGCACUCGGAUUCCGGUACUGGCACGACCCCGGCCCUUGGGUAAACGGCUUCCGUGGAGUAGCCACGGUGUUUGUGUUUGCUUCGACAUUUUACGCCGGUGUCGAAGCGGUCGCUGUGGCCGCUACAGAGACCAGAAACCCUUCGGUAGCUGUACCGCUAGCGAUCCGGCAAGUCAUUUGGCGAAUCCUCUUCGUAUAUAUUGGAGUCGCUUUCUUCUUUGGGCUCACCUGCCCAUCGAAUGCUGACGGACUAGCGAAUGGAGCCAGCCGUGCACUUAAGAGUCCUAUGACCAUAGCGCUUCAAAAUGCCGGAUGGCAAGGUGGUGUGCAUCUUAUCAACGCGUUCAUCUUUAUUACGGUUUUAAGCGCCGCAAACUCCUCAAUAUACAUCGGAUCUCGAACGAUACUGUUCAUGGCACAGGAGAAAAUGGCGCCUAGGUUCUUGGGGAAGACGAAUAGCCGUGGAGUACCGAUUUAUGCGAUUGUUUUCACAAACCUGUUCGGCGCGAUAUCCAUGAUGAACGUCAGCACCGGAGGGGGCCAAGCGUAUUCUUAUAUCGUCAAUCUGUCUGGUGUAUCCACCUUUCUUGUUUGGGGCUCCAUCUCCUUCACACACAUUCGCUUUCGGAAAGCUUGGAAAGCACAAGGUCGAACGCCCGACAUGUUGCCGUUCAAGUCGUUCGCUUAUCCAUGGAACGCCUACUUUGGAGUGAGCGCCAACGUUUUCCUCGCUCUUGUACAGGGCUGGACAACACUAAGCCCAUUCGACGCAGGGACAUUCGUCGACGCCUACAUCAUGUUACCAAUAUUCGGAAUCAUGUUUGUGGGAUACAAAGUUCUUUUCAAGACGAGGUUCAGGAGAAGUCAAGAGGUUGAUCUUGACACAGGCAUGCGGAAGGACUUAGAUGCGAAAGACGAAUACUUGAAUGGCGAUCCACAUACCGAGCCGCAGGGAAAGCAAGGCUUUGUACAGAAACUCUGGCGGAAUUUCUGA